AGCGCUCAAGAGUCUUUGCUUCAUCUCUCUACGCCCAGAAAAGAGACUGCCAUUUGUAGUUUUUGGUUAGAUUCGAAGUGGAUGACGAAGUCUCGGAAGGGAAAGACUGAAGAGCAAGAUGGGGGAAUUUCCUCCGCUGUUAUUCGACACCAGAAGCUCUGCCUUUCAAUUGACAUGGAAAAGCGUCGAAUAUACGGUUUCACCGAGAUUGAGAUAUCUGUGCCGGACAAUGGGAUUGUGGAAUUGCACGCGGAUAACUUGGUAAUUGAAUCCGUGACAGUAGAUGAAGAGCCUGCUCAGUUUGAAGUGUUUCCACAUUAUUUGAAUUUGGAUAAUGGGGAAAGAUGGUGCUCUGUGUCAUCCACUUCUUCUGCAGCUGAUGCAGCAGGGUCGGUUUACUUAUCUUCUCUUGACAGGGAGUUGGUUCCGAAUCUGCUGAUUAUGUGUAGUAAAUCUACAAAGAGGGACAAUGAACAGCUUGAAAAGCCUUCCGGGAACUGUGUUGAAUCUCCAAUUGAAGAAAAACAAGAAGAGCCAGUGGCUCUUGAUAAUGGGUUUAAAUCUUCCGCUGAAGAAAAACAGAGUGUAAAAAGGCUGCGCAUCGACUAUUGGGUGGAGAAGGCAGAAACAGGAAUCCACUUUGAUGAUGAUGUUUUACACACUGAUAACCAAAUAAGGCGCGCACGUUGCUGGUUCCCUUGCAUGGACGACGACUUGCAGCGCUGCUGCUAUGAUAUGGAGUUCACAGUAGCUAGUAAUCUCAUUGCAGUUAGCUCUGGGACUUUACUUUAUCAGGUAUUGAGCAAAGAUGACCCCCCACGUAAGACGUACAUAUAUAAAUUAGAUAUUCCUGUCACUGCCUCAUGGAUAUCCUUAGUUGUUGCACCAUUUGAAAUUGUUCCUGACCGCCACAUUGCUCAACUGUCCCAUAUUUGUUUACCCCCAAACUUGUCAAAAAUGCAGAAUACUGUAGGAUUUACUCACAGUGCUUUCAGCCAUUAUGAGGAUUAUCUUGGUGCACCAUUUCCUUUUGGGUCAUAUACACAAGUGUUUAUAUCUCCUGAAAUGGCAGUAUCUUCAUAUGCAUUGGGAGCCUCAGUGAGCAUCUUCACUUCUCAAUUGCUCUUUGAUGAGAGGGUAAUUGAUCAGACAUUAGAGACAAGGAUUAAGCUUGCGUAUGCUCUUGCAAGACAAUGGUUUGGAGUAUAUAUCACAGCUGAUACACGAAAUGAUGAUUGGUUGUUAGAUGGUCUUGCUGGAUUUUUAACUGAUACAUUCAUUAAGAAAUUCCUGGGAAAUAAUGAAGCUCGGUAUCGGCGGUACAAGGCCAACUGUGCUGUUUGCCGAGCAGAUGAUAAUGGGGCUACUUCGUUAAGCUCAUCUUCUUCAUCCAAGGAUCUAUAUGGGACCCAAUGUAUUGGUUUUAAUGGAAAAAUUAGAGCACUGAAAUCUGUUGCAGUUCUUCAGAUGUUAGAAAAGCAGAUGGGUCCUGAGCCCUUCCGUAAGAUUCUGCAACAAAUUAUUUCAAAGGCGCAAGUUACAACACGUUCUUGUAGGACCCUCAGUGCUAAAGAGUUUAGGCACCUUGCAAAUAAAGUUGGAAAUCUUGAGCGUCCCUUUCUUAAAGAGUUUUUCCCUCGUUGGAUUGGAUCAUUUGGCUGUCCAGUUCUGAAGAUGGGCUUUUCUUACAACAAAAGAAAGAACAUGAUUGAACUAGCAGUGUUACGGGGAUGUACAGCUAGACAAGAUGCAAGUGCACCUGUAUCUACCGGUAAUAUUGAGUCUGAAAAUCGGGAAGGUGACCCUGGAUGGCCUGGAAUGAUGAGCAUACGCGUUUAUGAGCUCGAUGGCAUGUAUGACCAUCCAAUUCUUCCUAUGACUGGGGAUUCAUGGCAGCUUCUUGAAAUACAAUGCCACUCCAGACUUGCAUCCAAACGCUUUCAAAAACCAAAGAAGGGUUCAAAACCUGACGGUUCUGAUGAAAAUGAAGCUGUAACUACUAUAGACAUGCGCUCAAUUUCUGAUUCACCAUUGUUAUGGCUCCGGGCAGAUCCAGAAAUGGAGUAUUUAGCUGAAGUUCAUUUUAAUCAACCAGUACAGAUGUGGAUAAAUCAGUUGGAAAGGGACAAAGAUGUCAUUGCACAGGUGCAAGCCAUUGCAAUACUUGAGGCAUUGCCACAUCUUUCUUUUUCUAUUGUUAAUGCCCUCAACAAUAUCCUCAACGAGCCUAAGGUGUUCUGGAAAGUUCGAAUAGAGGCAGCAUUUGCUUUAGCCAAUACGGCAUCUGAGGAAACUGAUUGGGCUGGCUUGCUCCAUUUGAUUACUUAUUAUAAAAGUCGAAGAUUUGACUCUAAUAUUGGACUCCCCAAGCCAAAUGACUUCCGUGAUUUUCAGGAGUAUUUUGUACUUGAGGCUAUUCCACAUGCUAUUGCAACUGUAAGAACAGCAGAUAAGAAAAGUCCAAGGGAAGCUGUUGAAUUUGUUUUGCAACUUCUUAAGUAUAAUGACAACAGUGGAAACUUCUAUUCUGAUGUGUACUGGCUGGCUGCUCUCAUCCAGUCCACUGGCGAACUUGAAUUUGGACAACAGAGCAUUGUUUAUUUGUCUUCUCUUCUCAAGCGACUAGAUCGACUUUUACAGUUUGAUGGGCUGAUGCCAAGCUACAACGGAAUUCUGACUAUCAGUGUUAUUCGAUCGUUGACUAAAAUUGCUGUAAAACUGUCAGAAUUUGUACCUCUUGAUUGCGUAGUUGGGCUUAUUCAACCGUUUCGAACUUCUAAGGCAACAUGGCAAGUUCGAGUUGAAGCAAGCAGGUCACUCCUUGAUCUUGAAUUUCAGUGCAAAGGCAUUGAAGCUGCAUUGUCAUUGUUCAUCAAAUACUUGAGCGAGGAGUCUUCUUUAAGAGGUCAGGUAAAGCUUGGUGUGCAUGCUAUGAGGCUAUGCCAGGUUAGAAAUGAAUCAGACUAUUACCAGGAAGUGAAAAGUGAAACUCUUGUUGCUUUGCUUCGCCUUCUUGAGAGCCCUAUCUCAUUCAAUAACGUGUAUCUCCGUCAUUACCUGUUCUGCAUUUUGCAAGUCCUCGCCAGAAGGACUCCAACACUUCAUGGAUUGCCAAGAGAUGAGAGUAUGGGUCAUGCCAAGACUUGCAAUGAACUUAAAAAUAUUUUUGCUGCCCUUGUCAAACAAUCUAAGGCAUCAGAUUCUCCUAUGGAUGAGUUUGUGGUUAGACAUGAUGACCCAAUUGCUCUAGAAGUUCCUCCAGAAGUAGGUGGUCCUGCACUUUGUAAUGGCCUCGGGAAUGACAUUAGGGUGAUGCCGAAAGAAGUUGAUGAUCUGUGUCCUGAAAUAACAAAAGAUGGUCGUUGUUCCCAACCAGAUGACAUAGUUGUAGAGAAUGUAGAUCCCCAACCUAAUGACAUAGUUAUUGUAGAGAACGUAGAUGCCCAACCUGAUGACAUAGUUAUUCCAGAGAGAGUAGAUGCCGAACCUGAUGACAUAGUUAUUGUAGAGAAAGUAGAUGCCUUCCCUAUCAAUAGCCUACAAAUUCCCUCAAUGGGCAAUGUUCCCCAAGGUGAUUUACUUGUAGCAGAUAAACAUAGUUUAGCCAUUGAAGUCCCCAAUGCUGGUGGUGGUUGUGUACAACAAGACUUGCCACCCUCUUCAGAAAAUCCCAUUCUUCCCGAAAGCAACGAACACAUAAAACUAGAAGAGUCUCUUUUUCACAAGGAUGCACAUGUUAUUGAGUGCUCUAGGCAGGAGAGUGUUCUUGAAACUGAUAAGUGCGACAAGGUAUACACUGGCAUUUUACAAGAUGAUUCGCAAAACGUGGACACUUCUAGACAACAUGAAUCCAUAUCUGCCGGGCUUAGAAAGAAACCUAUUUUGAGGAUCAAAGUUAAAAAUUCUACUAUAUCCAGCCGUGCUUUGAAUCCUAAUAAAGAAACACUAGAUAAAUCUCAUGAUGGUCUUCAUGGUAUGGAUCAUGGGGCAAGCAGUUCUAUGUCUGUAGGUGCAACACAAGGAAAGGUUCUUGAGCUUGCGGAUGCCAAUAAUCAGAAUACUCAAGAUCAUUCGUGUCAUGAUGUGGGCUCUAGAGUGACUGCUAGCAUUGGAAGCGUAAAAGUUGCCACGGAUGGUGAUGAGGCAAUGAAGGAGCCUGAAUCAAGUAAAGUGUCUUUGCCAAAUCCUCCUGAUGAUCACAUGCAUAUUGGAAUCAGCAGAGAUGAUGUAGAUACGGAUGGUCAUAAAUUUGCAAGUCUACAGUCCCUGUCUUGCUCUAGGCCUGAUGUUUAUUGUAGCGUACCUGAUACAAGUGAUCAUCACACUGAUGGUAAUAAAGGAAAACAUAAGAAAAGGCACAGGGAUGAGAAGAGUGGAAAAGAACACAAAAACAAGCUAGAUGAUCCAGAGUACUUGGAGCGGAAAAGAUUAAAGAAGAUGAAGCGGAAGGAGAAAAAGAUGGCAAAACUCUUGAAUGAUAGGGCACAGCCUUCAUCAUCAGUGGAAAUUCAAACAAAUAUAGCAAAGUCUNUCUUGCUCUAGGCCUGAUGUUUAUUGUAGCGUACCUGAUACAAGUGAUCAUCACACUGAUGGUAAUAAAGGAAAACAUAAGAAAAGGCACAGGGAUGAGAAGAGUGGAAAAGAACACAAAAACAAGCUAGAUGAUCCAGAGUACUUGGAGCGGAAAAGAUUAAAGAAGAUGAAGCGGAAGGAGAAAAAGAUGGCAAAACUCUUGAAUGAUAGGGCACAGCCUUCAUCAUCAGUGGAAAUUCAAACAAAUAUAGCAAAGUCUCUUAAAGAUGAUGUCCUUGUUGAUCUAACCCAAAGAGAGGAUGAAACUACAUUUAGGGUAGCUACAGUUGGCCAUCCAUCAAACCCUGUGGCAUCUAAUUUGUAUACUGGGAUUACAGAUCUUCGAAAGGAAGAUGCAGCCGUACAAUUGACAAUGAGUGAGUCUAGUGGACAAAAGUUGGGAACCGAUAGAGCCGGUACUACUGUAAAUGCAGCUAAAGAUAGUGUAGGCCCCCCUGCUCCCGCGAGCUCUUCACAUAAAAUUAAGAUUAGACUAAAAAGCAGAACACUUGGAAAAUUGUGAUUAAUGUGGUCUUCAUUUCAGAGAUGGAAAUUUUCUGUGGUUUCUCACGUUUACCGUGUCGUAAGUAGCAGAGCUAACUGGAUGUAUUUUUACUGAUACUUGAACUGUAAAACCAAUGGCCAUAUGCACAUUUCUUCUCCAAGAGACUAGCAGUGUGUUAUGUAUGAGUAAAAACUUCAUGAGAUGAACAGUGUGUUCUUGAUUGUUUGUCCUUUUAAUCCAUUUGUGUAUUAGCUACAAAGUGCUUUGAAGUACAUGAUUAAAAACUAGAUUCGUGCGAUAAAGAGUGAUUAUGUUA